CUCACGCGUUUUUGUCUCAGGCCCCUUCUCAAGUCUCUGCUGCCCCCAUCUUCCUCAUUCAUAGCGUUUAAGGUCUUCGGUCCCUCGUUUUUUUUUUAAGGCAGGGUCUCCCUAUGUACUUCAGACUGGCCUUGAACUCGGGGCAGUCCUCCUUCUCCAGCCUCCCAAAUGCUGAGCCACCUCGCUGGUCACAGGAUCUUCACCCCACUCUGACAUAACGAUUGCGGAGCUGACUUUGGACCCUGAAGCUGAAAUGCCAGGCCUCCGCGAGGCGUGGGAUGUUUAAAUGCCCUUGAGUUUUAAAAAUUAUGGAAUAUGCUGUUGGAGUGGGUCCAAACCCGAGAGUCCUGGAGCUGUUUUAUAGCACAGCGUGCUCUUCUGAGAGCCUUAGUGCCAAGAAACAGUAUCUUCACGUCUUAGCCUGCUUUUUGCUGUGCCAGUAUAAGCUCACCAGUAUAUUUCUCCUUGCCACUUUUCUCACCACAUCUCACUCCAGCACCUACUUGAGCUAUGGGAACCCAGGAUUAAGGCUGAGCAAAGAUUGGAUGGUGAGAGAAGGAAAGUUUCCUCUGAGAAGAGAGCAGAAUGAGCAGAAGGAUCCGUACUUGAAACUGAGUGACUUGAAAAUGAUAUCUUUGAGUGUGGAAGAGAUCUGAACAGAUGAAAAUACAAUCAGGAAAAUGCAACAUGGCAGCAGCAAUGGAGACAGAGCAGCUGGGUGUUGAGAUAUUUGAAACUGCAGAGUGUGAGGAGAAUAUUGAAUCACAGGAUCAGCCCAAAUUGGAGCCGUUUUAUGUGGAGCGAUAUUCCUGGAGUCAGCUUAAAAAGCUGCUUGCCGAUACCAGAAAAUACCAUGGCUAUAUGAUGGCCAAGGCACCGCAUGAUUUUAUGUUUGUGAAGAGAAAUGACCCUGAUGGGCCUCAUUCGGACAGGAUCUAUUAUCUUGCCAUGUCUGGUGAGAACAGAGAAAACACACUAUUUUAUUCUGAAAUUCCUAAAACCAUUAACAAAGCAGCCGUCUUAAUGCUUUCUUGGAAGCCGCUUUUGGAUCUUUUUCAGGCAACACUGGACUAUGGAAUGUAUUCUCGAGAAGAAGAACUAUUAAGAGAAAGAAAACGCAUUGGAACAGUUGGAAUUGCUUCUUAUGAUUAUCACCAAGGAAGUGGAACGUUUCUGUUUCAGGCUGGUAGUGGAAUUUAUCACGUAAAAGAUGGAGGGCCACAAGGGUUUACGCAACAGCCUUUGCAGCCCAAUUUAGUGGAAACUAGUUGUCCCAACAUCCGAAUGGAUCCAAAAUUAUGCCCUGCUGAUCCAGACUGGAUUGCUUUUAUACACAGCAAUGAUAUCUGGGUAUCCAACAUCAUAACCAGAGAAGAAAGGAGGCUCACCUAUGUACACCAUGAGCUUGCUUACAUGGAAGAAGAUCCCAGGUCUGCUGGAGUUGCUACCUUUGUGCUUCAAGAAGAAUUCGACAGAUACUCUGGCUAUUGGUGGUGUCCAGAAGCUGAAACAACUCCUAAUGGUGGUAAAAUUCUUAGAAUUUUAUAUGAAGAAAAUGAUGAAUCUGAAGUGGAAAUUAUUCAUGUAACGUCCCCUAUGUUGGAAACGAGGAGGGCGGAUUCAUUCCGUUACCCAAAAACAGGGACAGCAAAUCCAAAAGUCACUUUUAAGAUGUCGGAAAUAAUGAUCGAUGCUGAAGGAAGGAUUAUAGAUGUCAUAGACAAAGAACUAAUUCAGCCUUUUGAGAUUCUCUUUGAAGGAGUUGAAUAUAUUGCCAGAGCUGGAUGGACUCCAGAGGGAAAAUAUGCCUGGUCCAUCCUACUAGAUCGUUCCCAAACUCGCCUACAAAUAGUGUUGAUCUCGCCUGAAUUAUUCAUCCCAGUAGAGGAUGAUGCCAUGGAGAGACAGAGACUCAUCGAGUCAGUGCCUGACUCUGUGACGCCACUCAUUAUCUAUGAGGAGACCACAGACAUCUGGAUAAAUAUCCAUGACAUCUUUCAUGUUUUUCCCCAAACUCGUGAAGAUGAAAUUGAAUUUAUUUUUGCCUCUGAAUGCAAAACAGGUUUCCGUCAUUUAUAUAAAAUCACAUCCAUCUUAAAGGAGAGCAAAUAUAAACGAUCCAGUGGUGGGCUGCCUGCCCCAAGUGAUUUCAAGUGUCCUAUCAAAGAGGAAAUAGCAAUUACCAGUGGUGAAUGGGAAGUCCUCGGUCGGCAUGGUUCUAAUAUCCAGGUUGAUGAAGUCAGAAGACUGGUGUAUUUUGAAGGCACCAAAGAUUCCCCUUUAGAACACCACCUGUAUGUGGUCAGCUAUGUAAACCCCGGAGAGGUGAUAAGACUAACUGACCGUGGCUAUUCCCACUCCUGCUGCAUCAGCCCGCAUUGUGACUUUUUUAUAAGUAAAUAUAGCAAUCAGAAGAAUCCACAUUGUGUGUCUCUUUACAAAUUGUCCAGCUCUGAAGAUGACCCAAGUUGCAAAACAAAGGAGUUUUGGGCCACCAUUUUGGAUUCAGCAGGUCCUCUUCCUGACUAUACUCCCCCAGAAAUUUUCUCUUUUGAAAGUACUACUGGAUUUACAUUGUAUGGGAUGCUGUACAAGCCUCAUGAUCUACAACCUGGAAAGAAAUACCCCACCGUGCUCUUCAUAUAUGGUGGUCCUCAGGUGCAGUUGGUGAAUAACCAAUUUAAAGGAGUCAAGUAUUUCCGCUUGAAUACUCUGGCCUCUUUGGGUUAUGUGGUUGUGGUGAUAGACAACAGGGGAUCCUGUCACCGAGGGCUAAAAUUUGAAGGCGCCUUUAAAUAUAAAAUGGGUCAAAUAGAAAUUGACGAUCAAGUGGAAGGUCUCCAGUAUCUGGCCUCCCGGUAUGACUUCAUUGACUUGGAUCGUGUGGGCAUCCAUGGCUGGUCCUACGGCGGAUACCUCUCCCUGAUGGCGUUAAUGCAGAGGUCUGAUGUCUUUAGGGUUGCUAUUGCUGGAGCCCCAGUCACUCUGUGGAUCUUCUAUGACACAGGAUACACGGAACGCUAUAUGGGUUAUCCUGACCAGAAUGAGCAGGGCUAUUACCUAGGAUCUGUGGCCAUGCAAGCAGAAAAGUUCCCCUCUGAACCAAAUCGUUUACUACUCUUACAUGGGUUCUUGGAUGAGAACGUCCAUUUUGCACACACCAGUAUAUUACUGAGUUUUUUAGUGAGGGCGGGAAAGCCAUAUGAUUUACAGAUCUAUCCUCAGGAGAGACACAGCAUCAGAGUCCCUGAAUCCGGAGAACAUUAUGAACUGCAUCUUUUGCACUACCUUCAAGAAAACCUUGGGUCCCGUAUUGCUGCUCUGAAAGUGAUAUAAUUCUGUGCUGUGUAGAACUCUGGCAUACACUGGCUGUUAACCAAAUGAGGAAGUUGAGGCAACAGAGAACACAGAAUUGAUCGUCACAUUUUGGUACUUGUCAUGUAACAUCUUCUGAAAGUCAAUUUGGUGCCAUGGCGGCGGCUACAGCUUGUAAAUAGUAAUCUAAUACCUUACACACACACACGAGUGAUACCAAUUUCUGAGGGAUCCAGCAAUACCACGAAAAUAGCUGAAAGAAGACAUUAGCACCACAUGUCCAUACUUCCCCUGUUUUCACUUUUUAAUAGCAUUAUAAACCUCAUGGACUGAUUUAGUGUAUUUUUACAGUAUACUUCUGAGUUUGUUCAAAUAUAUUAGUGAUUGGUUUGGUUCAUUUCCAGAAUCUCUGACUAGUUACAGAUUUGAUAGCACUUAAUGUAAUGAAUAGCUUAUGCCUCAUUGCUUGGGAUGUAUCCAGCAUGUAAGACUAAUCACUGUUAAACCUUUGACUUAACCAGUUAAUGAUUUUUCAAGGAUAACUUAGUAGUCUCCUAAAGAUGCUUAUUUUGGCUCUGACCAGUUUUUAGCCAAUUUAAAUUGUAUCUGGUAUAAAUACUUCUCACUUUUCUUUGAUGAUAUAACAGAGUGGGGUUUUUUUUUUUUUUUUUUUUUUUCCUUUCUCAUAAAGGCAAGUGACUGUAUAUGUAGCAUGGAUUUAAUUAGUCUUAUGAUGUUAAUAAUUACAGGCAGGAAAAAUUUAAUCAGAUGAUUAGAGAGCUUAAAUAUUUACAGGCAAGUCAUACCCCUUCCCUCCCCCUUUAGAAAAAGAAAAGAGUACAUAUUUACUCAGAUUCAGAAAAUUUAGGCCCAGUUUCCAUUCAGUAUUUCCUUAUUAAAAUGCUCCAGUGUUUUUGGGGUGGGAGAGAGUGUCAGGGGUGAAUGUGAAGAAUGCGGGUGGAGGUGGCCAGGGUCUGCUUAAGAAUUAAGCAUAAGUCUUUCCAGCAAAAGUGGUCAUGUAACACAUCGGGGAGGUGAAAUGGAAACUCCUAGAACAUUAGUUAAGGAGACCAGAAUUAAGAAAUCGCUCUUUUAACCCAGCUGCAGACUAACAUUACUCAGGGGAAUAAAGUUCCAUGGUUAUGAUUCCAGUUUUUAAAGUUUUUGUUUUCCUCUCAAUUUUAGACACUUCAUAUAUUUAAACUUUAUCCUCCUUAAAUUAUUGAACAUAAUUUAGAUAUUGUGACCUUAUAGCAAAAAGAUUUUCAGACAAGCUCUGUACUGCAGACCAAGCCCUGGCAAGCCCAGGCUCCCUGUGGCCGUGACCUUUCCCUGCUUCAACCCCACCCGUGACUAAGCCGGGUGUCCCUGGUUUCUGGUCCUGGUUGAGCUCUGCCCUGGCAGAGUCUGCAGGGGCCACAAGGGCCGUGGAGCCAGUGGCUGACGGGGAGAGCGGCUCUGGGUCUGACCCUUGGUAUCCCAAGCUUCAGUAUCUGGAACGUCUCAUCAGUACCUUUCAGUGGCCCCUGAGAGCUCUUUUAUCCCCGCUCGGCGUCCCCAUCCCCCUCAGGGAGCAUGGUCUGUGUGGGUCACCAGCUAGGGCCUUCAUCCCAGAUACCCUUGGUCACAGAGGCGGGGCAGAGGCCUGGAGGACAUGGCAGGCAGGUGGCCUGUGCUGCUUUGGCUGGGCAGCGGGGGUCUGGGGUUGCUGGCCAUGUGUUUAUAUUGUUUGAUAGAUUCCACAGUUGUCCUUGUUGUCUGUAUAUAUAUUGAUUUUCAUGUCAUUUUCAUGAUAUUUUCUCAUGCCAAGAUUUGUUUAUAUUUUUUUCAGUGUUAAAUUAAAUUGAUUUGGGUAACUUUUCUUCCCCAAGGAAGUAUAUUCCCUCAUGACUUAAGCAGACCUCUGACUGCUGAGGGGGGGAUGUUUGGACAAGUUGGCCUCCACAGAUCUGUUCUUACAUGAUUAUGUGUAAAGUACACAUGGGAUAAAGCAGCUUUCAGGCAGCUGCUCAUUGGAAACCUCCUAUCCACUUAGGUUUUCUCCAACACCGCUUCUCUUAAUGAGUUGUCCAAACAAAUGUUAGAAAGUAUCAGAUGCUUUUUAAUUCACAGGUGCUUCUCUUCUGCAUCUUGUCUGUUUUCCUCCUGCCACCAGGGAUGCUCAUUUUAUAACUUCCAGUCAUUUAAAUGCUAUUCUUCCUCUCUAGGGGAAAAAUACCUGACUGAACUCACCUGCGAAGAGAUGUCUGAAUUUGCUUUCUACACCCAGUGUAGGAGGCAUAGUUAACUGACACAGUCAGUGGAAACCACUCUCGAAUUGUUUGUGCCCUGGGUACGGUGUGAAAGGCAAAGCAACAGUCUGAUGAGAGCCAAAAAGUACUAGGUUAAUGCAAACUAGGCUAACAGGCUUAAUGCAGUUGAACAACCAUCACCAAGUAUAGUUACUGAGCAUUGUAGAGCAGCGAAACUUAAAAUCUGAGAUUUAUCUGGGAUGCUUACUAAACAAAAUGCAGUCCGGAACCUUACAGUCUUAGAAACUUGGGUUCCAUUGUUUUGGGUGUAGAGUAGAAAAUUGCAUUUCUAGCCAGGCGUGGUGGCCCAUGCCUUUAAUCCCAGCACUCGGGAGGCUGAGCUAGGAGGAUUGUUGUGAGUUCGAGACCAGUGUGGGCUACAAAGUGAGCUCAAGGCCAGCCUGAACUGCAUAGUGAGGCCCUGUCUCAAAAAAACAAAAAAAAAAAGAAAGAAAAUUGCAUUUCUUUUUUUUUUUUUUUUUUAAUUUUACUGGUAUACUUUUGAUGUACAUAUUGAUCACAUUCAUCAUAGAGAAUUUGAACCUGAGUGUAACAUACCUUGAUUCUUUUUUUUUUUUUCCCAUUCCCCUUCCUUCCAGCUCCCCCUUUCCUCCUCAUUCAUAAAUGCUUUGGGAAACUGCAUUUCUCAUCAUCUUUCUAGGUGAUCUGAAAUCAGAUGUCUUGUGGACUACUUUAAAAAACUCUUCCUUGCUGGAAUUCAAGUAAAAAUAAUAGGUGAUUUUUACACUGAACUGAUUUCAUAAGAACCUAAAAAAGUAGUCAGGAAAGGCAUUGGCUUGGGAUGGCUCUUGGCCCCUUCUCACCCUGAGGUCUGAAGAUCCAUCUUGGAGUGAAGUUUUUCCCUCUGGGCCAUUCCUGGCUCCUUUCCAAAGGAGAAGGUGAAGUCACAAUGUAUGAGUUACCUUUAUAAAAGAAUGAAAUACAGAUACCGUGGCUAACUUUUUAAUUGUAUUCCUUACAGAAGAUACAGCCCGCCCUUCUGUACCAUUGUUCUCUCUUUAGGGGUAGAAAGAUCCCAGUAAGAUCUCUCAUUAUUACAGAAUCCUGAGUUUUCAGGCUGGAGUAAGUCUUUGCUGUGAGCUCAUGUUCUCACUGGCUAAGGGAGGACCUGCACCGUGGAGAGAGGAGGAAGUGUGGCCACGCAGCCCGGUAGCAUUCAGCUCGUCCUGGACUCUGUCCAGCAUGCUGUCACCUGGUGACUAAGUGAUAUAUAGAAACAGCAGAUUUUUAAAGGAAGUAUUUAUUAAUAUAUUCCUGUAAAACAUUGUAAAGGUAGCCACAUAAGAUGGUUAAUUUUUCCAUUCUAAAGUAAAUGCUAAGCAUGCUUGUUAACAAAGCAGUACUUCUAAUUAGUAUAUUCUGAAGUUAAUUAAAAUCAUUACACCAAGCGUAGGGGUUUGGGGAAUUGGGAUAUAGAGUAGAGCCUUUGCUUGAGCCCAGGAACCCAUCUUAGAGCUAUUUUAUAUUUUUUUAAGAAGGGACUUGGCCAUAUCUAAACUAGGAGAGGUAAUGUGAGUGCCCUUUCCCUGCAGAGAGCGAGGAAUGAGGAAACUUGCCUGGCUCCCAGCCAAACCUGCCCACCUUGCAGCCCAGACUGUCAGUGUGAGGCCCUGGACCCUACAUGACUGUCACAGGCCCCUCCGAGAGAAAAGAGACUUGUUUGUGUGUUUGUUUUUUAACAACCUCAAUACAUGUUUGUGUUGUGUUCAGCAAGGUUGCAGUCACAUCCUUCAUUCUGGAGCAUAAGUGCCUGCUGCUGGAAGCACUGACCUGUACAAACGAACUGCAUGUCUCAGUCCAGUGGGUUUAUGGGUGUUCUCAUUUUUAGCUACAUGGCUUUUAAUCAUGGAAGUGAAACAUUAGUUUUGUUGCAUUUUAUUACAGGUUCUUGGUUGCAAUAAAGAUGCUGCUGAAAUUAA